AUGAUUCCUACGUCUCUCCUUUUUACUUCCUCUAUCUCUCUUUCUUUCUCUCACUCACUCAUGGAUUUUCGUUUUUUUUUUCUUUUUCUUUCUUUAUUUCUUUCUUUCUCUUUUUCACUCAUUCUUUUUCUUUUUUCUUUCUUUCUUUCUUUUUCUUUCUUCCUUCCUUUUUUCUUUCUUUCUUUUUCUCUCUUUCUCUUUUUUCCCUUAUUCUUUUUCUUUCUUUCUCUUUCUUUCUUCGUUUCUUUCUUUCUUUUUCUCUCUUUCUCUUUUUUCCCUUAUUCUUUUUCUCUCUUCUUUCUUUCUUUCUUUUUCACUCUCACUCUUUCAAUUCCUAGCUCUCUCAUUGCCUCUCCUUCUUACUUUCUCUUUCUCUCUCUCUCCCUCAUUCUUUUUCUUUCUUUCUUUCUUUCUUUCUUUCUUUCUUUUUUUCUCUUUUUCUUUUUUCACUUAUUCUUUUUCUCUCUUUCUUUCUUUUUUUUACAUUCUUUACGUUGA